CCUUGAACCUCUACAUGACAACUCUCCAUCGCGAGUGAGGAUCUUCGCGUAUGGAGAACGAAUCGACGUUCGUCGCACCAGAGGGCGUGUACACCGUGACGGAGGAACACAAGCCUUCCGUGCUUCCCCACUUCGGAGCCUCGCCCGCGCUGUUUCCCACUCGUGUCUCGACCAUCUCGAUCAAAUUUCCGCCUGUGAAAAGCGGCGGAGGACCCGGCUUUGCGCAGCUACUAGGAGGAGGGAACAAAGACUCGAAGAAGGACAAGGAGAAGCAGGAUAAGGAUAGAGGCAAGGAUGUGGUGAAGGAUAAGGAUGAUGGAAUCAGUCUCUCCAGCAGCGAUUCUCCCGACGAGGAUGCGUCUGGGGCACAGGAGAAUAUACCGCCGACGACACGAGAGCACACUCUGUUUGCGGGUCCCUCAGCAGCGGCGCCGGGGAAAAAGAAGGCCGUCGCUAGGCCUAAACACAAUAUGCGUACGACAUCCUCGACGUUCAUCACCCGUAUACAGAAUGCGGAAGGUCUCCCUCGGCUGUUGCAAUCCAAGUCAGGCGAUGUGACGUUCAUGUUUUAUAACGUGUCCAAGAAUUUCAUCUGGAUUGAGGCUGCGUCCAAAACCAAAGAACCACUGGCUCGCAUGACGUUUGCGGCGUACCCAACUUGCCACGAUAUCAACUUGCUGAGCUCAACGCCUGACCGGCUGGAUGUUAUCAUUGGGUUCCAUACUGGGGAUCUGGUUUGGCUAGGUGCCAACCCCACCGUGUCUCGUUACACUCGAUUGAACAAACAGGGCAGCAUUUCAAGCUCUCCGUGCUCUGCUGUACGAUGGGUUCCGGGCUCUGCGAACCUGUUUCUCGUCGCACAUGCCGACGGGACAAUUAUUGUCUACGACAAAGGGCGAGAAGAUGGGACCUUUUCCCCGCAGGAGGUCGUUGAUUGGGAUCCCAUCGACAGCAUCUUCAUAACAAUACCUCCCUGGCAUCCAGUCUCGGGGACAGUGCCCGGUGCUCCCAAGGGAGAGAAGGUCGCAAAAAACCCUGUCAGCCAUUGGCGCGUCUCGCGGCGUGCAGUUGUUGAUUUCGUGUUUUCUCCUGAUGUCAAGUACGUCGCAGCCAUAUCUGAGGAUGGGUGCCUCCGGGUCAUCGAUGCUUUGGCAGAGCAGCUGGUUGACUGCUAUGCAUCCUAUUUCGGUGCGCUGACUUGUGUUGCAUGGUCACCGGAUGGACGGUUCAUCUUGACCGGCGGUCAAGACGAUCUGCUGACCAUCUUUUCUCCUUGGGAGCAACGCGUCAUCGCGCGAUGUCAAGGUCACUCCUCAUUUGUGUCUGCGGUGGCUUUCGACGAACUGCGCUGUGACGGUCGCACAUAUCGUUUCGGGAGUGUGGGCGAAGACAACAAACUCAUACUCUGGGAUUUCUCCAGCGGAGCACUCCACCGCCCCAAGUUCCAGCCAACCCAUCAGCAGCGCAUGUCGAUGGCCUCGACCGUGUCACUUGCGUUGCGGCGAGAUCGUUCCACGAUUUUUCUUCCGACUGGCGAAGAGACCCCGUUUCCGCGAUAUCAUCCGGCUCCAUCUCGGAACGAAAUCGCGGUAGUGCAGCCUUGUUUGAUCAAGCCUGUUGACAGCGACAUCCUUGCGACUGUGGUCUUUCUUCCACGGUCAAUACUUACAUCCACCCGCGCAGGACUGAUCAAACUGUGGAUCCGGCCACUAGCGCUAAGACCACGAGUGAAGCGGCAGCCCAUCGACGUAGACGUGUUAUAAUGCAUGUCGCUUGGAUAUAAGUUAUUUUUAACAUCUAGAGCUUGUGGAUCUCUGUACACUUUUGCUUUCAUUCUUCUUUUCGAACGA